GCCAUCUUGUGAUUGGCUCUGGCGGGGAGGCGGAGGGGUGUGAAGGUCAGAUUAAAGGAGGAGCGGAGAGACCUGCAGAUGAGAUGAGUUUGCGGCGUUUCGCUUGUAAGACGCUCCUUUGUGGGUUCUUGGUAGGGCGCGGCCUCACAAGAGUGAUGUGUGCUCAGAAGUUUGAUUGGCAGUCGGCCAAGUCGAUCUACGACUUCCAUGCGCUGGAUAUCGACGGCAACGAUGUCUCGCUGGAGAAAUACAGGGGUACGGUCUGCAUCAUCACCAACGUGGCGACGCAGUGAGGCAAGACUGACGUAAACUACACUCAGUUUGUCGAACUGUAUAGUAGAUACGCUGAGAGAGGUUUACGCAUUCUAGCCUUCCCCUGCAACCAGUUUGGCAAGCAGGAGCCCGGUACCGAGGAAGAAAUUAAAGCAUUUGCUGAAACCUACGGGGUGAAAUUCGACAUGUUUAGCAAGAUUGAAGUCAAUGGGGAUAAUGCUCAUCCUCUCUGGAAGUGGCUAAAACACCAGCCGAAAGGCAGAGGCACUCUGGGAAAUGCUAUAAAGUGGAAUUUUAGCAAGUUCCUGAUCAACAGGGAAGGGCAGGUGGUCAAGCGAUUCAGUCCCAUGGAUGACCCAUUUACGAUGGAAAAGGACCUGCUCCGAUUCCUGUAAGCCCCGCCUGCCUCUUGUCACCCUGGCCGUGUUCCGCCAGCGUUCCUCUGGUUUGCCUGUGAAUUUUGCCAGGAUGACGGUCUGCCUUCAAGCCAAGCCUAUUUGGUGAGGCGGGUCUGAGAGAUUUGGCACAAGUUCACACGGGAGGCUAGCGGGAAUGUCUGUAUUUGCACCCCAGGCCACACCUUCCAUCUUGUACAAAUAAAGAUGUUUUUUUUUCUUCAGCA